GCGACUACAGACUUCGCUGCAAUGUCUGUCAUCUUGUGCACCGCUGGCUAUGAUCACACUAUUAGGUCCGUCCGUUCCGUUCCGAACACGGCUUCAUCUCAGGCUCGUCUUCGACAGCAGCUUUACCAUCCACUUCUGCCCAACCCUUACAUCAGGCUCAUAUCUGUACCGUAGUGCUGAUACCUCCGCGAUAGGUUCUGGGAAGCCCUCAGCGGCAUUUGCUCAAGAACGAUACCGCAUCCAGACUCUCAGGUGAACCGUCUCUGCAUCUCCCCGGACAAGCGAUACCUGGCAGCUGCCGGCCACCAUACUGUUAAACUCUACGAUGUCAAGUCGUCCAAUCCGGCUGCAGUGCUUACGUUUGAGGGUCACUCUGGUAACAUUACUGGAGUCGCUUUCCAUUGCGAAGGUAAAUGGAUGGUGACGAGCUCAGAGGACGGGACUGUCAAGAUCUGGGAUACCAGGAGUGGUCACAUCCAGCGUAACUACUCACACGGCGUUCCGGUAAAUGAUGUUGUGAUCCACCCCAAUCAAGGCGAGCUCAUCUCUUGCGAUAGAGGCGGCAAUGUCCGCAUCUGGGAUUUGGGGGAGAACAAAUGCUCGCAUCAGCUCGUGCCUGAAGAGGACAAAAGUGUCGCCUCGGUCACAGUGGCCACAGAUGGCUCACUCUUGUGUGCCGCUGUUAGUAACAGCGUGCACGGUGCGGUAUACGUAUGGCGACUCAUCACAGUCCGCGAUGUAACAAGUCUUGUACCGGUGACCAAAUUCAAGGCGCACGGCACGUACAUCACACGUGUCCUCCUUUCGCCGGACGUCCGUCAUCUGGCCACCUGCUCAGCGGACCAUACCGCCCGUAUCUGGGCGGUAGACCUGGAGAACACGGUGCAGCAAGCGGACUUGGACAGCAUCGAGGAAGAAGACCAGGAGUCGGCAGGCUUCGAGCUUGAGCAAGAGCUCGAUGGCCACCAACGCUGGGUGUGGGACUGUGCAUUCAGCGCAGACUCAGCUUACUUGGUCACGGCUUGCAGUGACCAUUAUGCGAGGCUAUGGGAGUUGCAGAGCAAGACUAUUAUUCGACAGUACAAUGGGCAUCACCGCGGCGCUGUCUGCGUGGCAUUGAACGACUACUCCGAGACGCGGUAGCUUCGACUGUUGCCAUAGGCGAAGAAUCUUGUGGUCUCACUACCGCGCUAUCUUCUCAACCAACGGAAUGGCGCGGAAGGUGUUGUAUUUCACAUCCAGAGAUUGCAUCACGCCACUUUCCGUGCAGGGCAAAGCAUCGCUCAGAUGCUACCGAACUGUGCAAUCUCACCCUCAGCAUGAGUACUUCCAGGCAAGACACAGACGCGAAGGAAGUAUUGGUUUCCAAGAUGCUUCCGAAUUAUCAUACUUCGAGACUUGUGGAUAGGAGGACAGCUUCUUCCGGGAACGCCACCCGGAAAGUAGGGCAUACCGUGGUCGGUAGUCCGCAGAAAUGGUUCCACCGCUUGAUCUCGAACUGCAUCAGCAGGUCACAGUCGAGGUAAUCACACUAGUUGUGUAGACUGGAGCAAGUGAAGCCACGGUGGUAAUGGUGGU